AACUCCAGCAGCACCUGCAACAGUGGCUACACCAGCAGCACCUGCAACAGCGGCAACUCCACCAGCACCAGCCACGGCGGCAACACCAGCAGCACCUGCAACAGUGGCUACACCAGCGGCACCUGCAACAGUGGCUACACCAGCGGCACCUGCAACAGUGGCUACACCAGCAGCACCUGCAACAGUGGCUACACCUGCAGCACCUGCAACAGCGGCAACUCCAGCAGCACCUGCAACAGUGGCAACUCCAGCACCACCGGCAACUCCAGCAGCACCAGCCACGGCGGCAACACCAGCAGCACCUGCAACAGUGGCUACACCAGCAGCACCUGCAACAGUGGCUACACCAGCAGCACCUGCAACAGUGGCUACACCAGCAGCACCUGCAACAGCGGCAACUCCAGCACCACCGGCAACUCCAGCAGCACCAGCCACGGCGGCAACACCAGCAGCACCUGCAACAGUCGCUACACCAGCAGCACCUGCAACAGUGGCAACUCCAGCAGCACCAGCCACGGCGGCAACACCAGCAGCACCUGCAACAGUGGCUACACCAGCAGCACCUGCAACAGUGGCUACACCAGCAGCACCUGCAACAGUGGCUACACCAGCAGCACCUGCAACAGUGGCUACACCAGCAGCACCUGCAACAGUGGCUACACCAGCAGCACCUGCAACAGUGGCAACUCCAGCACCACCGGCAACUCCAGCAGCACCAGCCACGGCGGCAACACCAGCAGCACCUGCAACAGUGGCUACACCAGCAGCACCUGCAACAGUGGCAACUCCAGCACCACCGGCAACUCCAGCAGCACCAGCCACGGCGGCAACACCAGCAGCACCUGCAACAGUCGCUACACCAGCAGCACCUGCAACAGUGGCAACUCCAGCAGCACCUGCAACAGCGGCAACUCCAGCACCACCGGCAACUCCAGCAGCACCAGCCACGGCGGCAACACCAGCAGCACCUGCAACAGUGGCAACUCCAGCACCACCGGCAACUCCAGCAGCACCAGCCACGGCGGCAACUCCAGCAGCACCUGCAACAGUGGCAACUCCAGCACCACCGGCAACUCCAGCAGCACCAGCCACGGCGGCAACACCAGCAGCACCUGCAACAGUCGCUACACCAGCAGCACCUGCAACAGUGGCAACUCCAGCAGCACCUGCAACAGCGGCAACUCCAGCAGCACCAGCCACGGCGGCAACACCAGCAGCACCUGCAACAGUCGCUACACCAGCAGCACCUGCAACAGUGGCAACUCCAGCAGCACCAGCCACGGCGGCAACACCAGCAGCACCUGCAACAGUGGCUACACCAGCAGCACCUGCAACAGUGGCUACACCAGCAGCACCUGCAACAGUGGCUACACCAGCAGCACCUGCAACAGUGGCUACACCAGCAGCACCUGCAACAGUGGCUACACCAGCAGCACCUGCAACAGUGGCAACUCCAGCACCACCGGCAACUCCAGCGGCACCAGCCACGGCGGCAACACCAGCAGCACCUGCAACAGUGGCUACACCAGCAGCACCUGCAACAGCGGCAACUCCAGCAGCACCUGCAACAGUGGCAACUCCAGCACCACCGGCAACUCCAGCAGCACCAGCCACGGCGGCAACACCAGCAGCACCUGCAACAGUGGCUACACCAGCAGCACCUGCAACAGUGGCUACACCAGCAGCACCUGCAACAGAGGCAACUCCAGCACCACCGGCAACUCCAGCAGCACCAGCCACGGUGGCGACACCAGCAGCACCGGCAACAGUCGCUACACCAGCAGCACCUGCAACAGUGGCAACUCCAGCACCACCGGCAACUCCAGCAGCACCAGCCACGGCGGCAACACCAGCAGCACCUGCAACAGUGGCUACACCAGCAGCACCUGCAACAGUGGCUACACCAGCAGCACCUGCAACAGUGGCUACACCAGCAGCACCUGCAACAGUGGCAACUCCAGCACCACCGGCAACUCCAGCAGCACCAGCCACGGCGGCAACACCAGCAGCACCUGCAACAGUGGCUACACCAGCAGCACCUGCAACAGCGUGGCUACUCCAGCAGCGCCAGCAACAGCAGGAACACCAAGUGCACCCACGACAGGCGCUGUUCCUGCUUCGACUACGACAAGUGCUGCUCCUGAAUGCGAAGAUGGUUCUGAGCCGAAAGAGUUCAUUACAAAGUACAGUUAUGAUGACGCUCAAGUGAUCAUGGAAAUGCAGAUGAGUGUGGCUGCCCUGUCUGAGGGAUCCCAGAUGUCGAUUGAGUUCACAGACGGAAACGGAGACCAGUUCUCCUUGAAGAAUUACGGGACGUCCUCAGAGCCCCUGACCGAGAUGUUCGAACCAGUACCAGCCACUGAGGGAGAUCUGUGGUUUAACUUGGAGACAGAGGGAGACUACAGUCUGAAGUUCAAUGACUUCCAGGGCUCUCUUGAGAUCGAGAUUGCAUCUAUCACUUUCAAAAUCAAGGGAUGUGAAGAAGGCGCUUUGAACGUCGACUUCUUGGCAUGUCUCUCCUCAACCACAACUGAGUUCUCUACCUCGACUGAGACUUCAACUGAGAAAGUGUGUACUGAAGAUGACGUCCCUCUGGAAGAGGCCUACACAGUCGAACAAGGUUUCCCAUCGAACACAAAGGUGGAUCUGGCCCAGAAUGAUGACUCCACGAUCGUCGAGGCUUCAGAAGUACCCAGCAAUGUAUCCGUUAUUGCACUGGUGCUCUCUGAAUCUACGACUGUGACCAAAGUGGUUCUGGAGACAGACGAGACAGUGUCCUUCACAGUGGUCGUGGAAGACUCCGAAGGAACCAAGUCAUAUGUGACCGAAGACGGAUCAACCACAAACGACACCGAAGCAACCGAUACCACUCUCACCGCAACUGCAGACACAAUCACAAUCAUCUCAUUGCUCGUUGAUGACGUCACCAAAGUGUUGAUUGUUCCCGAUGACGCAACAGAGGCAUUCUCACUGGACAGUCUCAAAGUGGUCGGCUGUGUGAAGGAAACUUCCACGACUAGUGUCGCACCUUCAACUACCACUCCGGGUGAGCCCUGUUCUGACAUCAUGGAGGAGCCAUACACAGUAGAAGGAGUAUUCAGUUGCGACAUUGAAAACCCACACAUUGUCAACAUCGACUUGGGAUCAGACGCCGAGACUUCGAAGUUGGCUGACCUGACAGUGUACGACAGUUCCAACACUGACUUCACGUUUAACCUCUUCUACUCCCUGGUGGGAGAUGAGUCAUCCACAAUCUACUCUGUCUCUUCAGCUGGAGAGGAAGUAGUGGCUGUUGUGGACGGAAACUUGGUGUCCGGAUUGAAAGUGUUCCCAGUCAGCAGUGGAGAGGGAAGCGUCACUCUACCCACCACUUCUGAGGUGUCCUCGAUGGAGAUCAAGUUGAACCCUCUUGACCUUGAGGAGAGCAGACUGGACUGCGUGGACAUCCUCGAAAACAUCACUGCCGAACUCACUCUCUGCAAACAUGUGGAGACAACAACUGCCCCCGAGGAAUCCACUGUGCCUACGACGACAGCAGCUCCUGUACCUACAACCACAACACAGCCACAAGCCAAAGUGUGUGAACACGAAGAGUUGGAGUCCCUGGAGCCUGCUUCUCUCACAGUGAACGAAGAGGAGACAGAGACCGCCUCUUUCGACAGUUCAGAUCCAGAGGGCACUCUGGGGUCACCAGAUGAACUCCCAUCUCUGUCUGGAGAAGACGAGGCGACCAUUGAAGUCGUGCUUGACUCUGUGAACUUUGUGAACUCUGUCUCUGUCAAUCUGCAGUCUGCCACUGGAGGCUCACUCCCAGAGGAGGUGUCCGUCAGAGUAAUCGUCACUUUCGGCGAGAAUGUCCAGGAGGCUGUUUUGGAGGUGCCAGAAGGCGAAGACGAAGUCAGUGAUGUAUCUUUCGAACCAGUGGACCUUGACACUGACAAAUCAGUGGUGCUCCCAGUUGAGGAUGACGGAACAGUGACAAUCACUCUUGGACCCCUCUUUGUGGCCCUGGACGCAGUCACAGUCAUUGUCUCCCCCUCUCCCUCCGACGAGGACGGAGUGUUCGAAGAUGGACUGGUUGUAGCUGUUGACGUCAAGGGCUGUGGGGCUGACGUGUGUGAAGAGAUCGACCUCUCAGGUGCCAGUUCCGAUACCUCUCUGGCGGAUGACGACUCAAUGAAGUCCGGCCUCAAAAUCACCCUCAUCACCAGAGACGGAGAAGAUACACCUGUGCCAGAGGAUCAGACCUCUGUUCCUCUGGACUCAAGCACCGCUGUAGUCAGUCUGGAAAUCGGAGCCGUCGAGGAUGCUGAUUUGACAACUGUUGUCAUGAACAUGAAUUUCGACGUGGACGACCCAGCCGUGGACAGCACCACUCUCUCCUUCUUCGUCAUGACGCAGGUGGAUGAGAACAGUGAGCUGUACUGUGUGUCCAAGGAGGACCCAGACAGCUACAUGAGUCAGCUGGAACUGGUCAGUGGGGGAGAAGAGUUGUCCAGUGAGGCACUGAGCGACAUGGAGGAACACUGCAAGGAAUUCACUCUGAGUCUGAAGGACGAUGACGACUUGCCAGUGAUGUUCGAGACCAUCCAACUGCCAGUACUCAACCCAGACACCCCUCUGUUCGAGAAGCUGUACGGCAAGGACCGAAUUGUCAAACUUUUCAUCACAAUCGAAGGAGCUGCAGUCGUUGAAGUGGCGUUCGGAAGUUACGCUUGUGUGAAGACUACCGUUACAACCGAGGCCACAACAACCGCACCCGAAGAGACCACAGUCACCACCUCUGCCGCUCCAGAGAGUUCAACUGUUUCCACAACAUCUGGACCUGUCUGUUCGCUCUCUGGAAUUGGCGAGAACAAAGCGGAGACAGUGCCGAUUGACUUGGAUGCUGUCGAAUACAACCAGAGGUUCGGAGAAGGUGCUCUGGAGGAGCAGACUGUUGAGGAGAGUGACUCAGCCCCUGAUGCAGUGACUGUGGCCACCACUAGAGCCAUGGCACCCAUCAUUCUCCCACUCUCUGAAGAGAUUGUGCCGAUCAGUGUGUUGAUUGUGAACGAGGAAAAGAGUGCGUCGUACCAGAAUGAACUGCUGAGCUUCCAGCUGUUGUUUGUGGUGGAUAGUGACAAGAUUGUCUACUUCACUGACGACGGAAGCACCGAGGAGAUCCCAGCCGACCAGGAGGAGAACAUCGAGUCCAUCGCCAUUGCAACUCCAGUGCUUGAGACAUCCAAUGCAUUCGGUGCCUCUGUGAUGACCUUUGACCUCUCUAGUCUGAGUGAUGAGCAGUUGGAACUGGUCACUGAAGUGAUCAUCAAACCCAUCAGUGUAGAGUCAGCAGAAUCUCCAUUGAGCAUUAGCACAGUGCAGGUAUACGGAUGCAAGAAAGAGAAUGUGACGGUUGAGAAACUGUGCGACGGAAAAGACUUGGAACUCCUGGUCCCAACUGGAGUAGUCCAGUACAAGAUCAACACCGACACCGACGCAGUGGAAGAGACCGACCUGGACCCCUCAGCUGUGCUUGACACUGUCAAACCAGAAGACAACCCCUCAGGAGCCGUGUUUGCAUCCGAAGAGUCAUCUGGUGACUCAUUCGAGUACUCGUACAGUUUCGUGUUGACCAGCGGACAAGACGACACCGAUGAAUUCACACUGAACGAAGUGGGACUCAGAUUGGUGCCUGGAUCUGGCGAAGCGUGCUACCCCACAAAGGUGAAACUUGUGUGGGUGGAGUCAGGCGGAAAGGGAUUCGCACAGGGAUUCGAGCAGACGACAGACAAUGAAACCAGAAUGGUCAACACAGACAGCAGACCUCUCUUCAACCCAACUAGAACCCAGAGUCCCGAUGCGGCGGAUGCAGUUGAAUAUGACAUCUCGUUUGCAGAGGGAAGUCUUUUCAAACUCGUGCCUCUCCAACCUCUCGAAUAUGUCGAGAGUGUAGAGGUCAUCUUCACAGAGAGCUCAUGCACUGAAGUCACAGACCCAAGCCAGUUGUCAAAAGUUGCAAUCUCGUUGCACGGAUGCUCAAAGUCUGGUGCAAGUACAAAGACACCUGAGGUUACAUUAACGACCCUGAAAGAAGUAACACAAAAGACAACUACAGCUGUACCGACUACAUCCGGACCUACAUCUGGACCAACCACUUCGGGACCCACAUCUGGACCUACAUCCGGACCCACAUCUGGACCUACACCCGGACCUACAUCUGGACCAACCACAUCAGGACCCACUACAACAGGACCAGUCACAUCAGGACCCACAUCUGGACCUACAACCGGACCCACAUCUGGUCCUACACCCGGACCUACAUCUGGACCUACACCCGGACCUACAUCUGGACCUACAUCCGGACCUACAUCUGGACCAACCACAUCAGGACCCACUACAACAGGACCAGUCACAUCAGGACCCACAUCUGGACCUACAUCCGGACCCACAUCUGGACCUACACCCGGACCCACCACAUCUGGACCCACAUCUGGACCUACACCCGGACCAACAUCUGGACCAACCACAUCAGGACCCACUACAUCAGGACCAGUCACAUCAGGACCCACAUCUGGACCUACACCCGGUCCUACAUCUGGACCAACCACAUCAGGACCCACUACAUCAGGACCCACUACAUCAGGACCUACACCCGGACCUACAUCUGGACCAACCACAUCAGGACCCACUACAUCCGGACCAGUCACAUCUGGACCUACACCUGGACCCACAUCUGGACCUACACCCGGACCUACAUCUGGACCAACCACAUCAGGACCCACUACAACAGGACCAGUCACAUCUGGACCUACGCCCGGACCUACAUCUGGACCAACCACAUCAGGACCCACUACAUCAGGACCAGUCACAUCAGGACCCACAUCUGGACCUACACCCGGACCUACAUCUGGACCAACCACAUCAGGACCUACUACAUCAGGACCAGUCACAUCUGGACCUACGCCCGGACCUACAUCUGGACCAACCACAUCUGGACCAACACCCGGACCUACAUCUGGACCUACACCCGGACCUACAUCUGGACCAACCACAUCAGGACCCACUACUUCAGGACCAGUCACAUCAGGACCCACAUCUGGACCUACACCCGGACCUACAUCUGGACCAACCACAUCAGGACCCACUACAUCCGGACUAGUCACAUCAGGACCCACAUCUGGACCAACCACAUCUGGGCCUACACCCGGACCUACAUCUGGACCAACCACAUCUGGACCUACACCAGGACCUACAUCUGGACCUACACCCGGACCUACAUCUGGACCAACCACAUCAGGACCCACUACAUCAGGACCAGUCACAUCAGGACCCACAUCUGGACCUACGCCCGGACCUACAUCUGGACCAACCACAUCAGGACCCACUACAUCAGGACCAGUCACAUCUGGACCUACACCCGGACCUACAUCUGGACCAACCACAUCAGGACCCACUACAUCAGGACCCACAUCUGGACCUACACCCGGACCUACAUCUGAACCAACCACAUCUGGACCUAGACCCGGACCUACAUCUGGACCUACAUCUGGACCUACACCCGGACCUACAUCUGGACCAACCACAUCAGGACCAACUACAUCAGGACCAGUCACAUCAGGACCUACACCCGGACCUACGUCUGGACCAACCACAUCAGGACCCACUACAUCGGGACCAGUCACAUCAGGACCCACAUCUGGACCUACACCCGGACCUACAUCUGGACCAACCACAUCUGGACCUACACCCGGACCUACAUCUGGACCCACAUCUGGACCUACACCCGGACCUACAUCUGGACCUACACCCGGACCUACAUCUGGACCAACCACAUCAGGACCAGUCACAUCAGGACCCACAUCUGGACCUACGCCCGGACCUACAUCUGGACCAACCACAUCAGGACCCACUACUUCAGGACCAGUCACAUCAGGACCCACAUCUGGACCUACACCCGGACCUACAUCUGGACCCACAUCUGGACCUACAUCUGGACCUACACCCGGACCUACAUCUGGACCAACCACAUCAGGACCAGUCACAUCAGGACCCACAUCUGGACCUACGCCCGGACCUACAUCUGGACCAACCACAUCAGGACCCACUACUUCAGGACCAGUCACAUCAGGACCCACAUCUGGACCUACACCCGGACCUACAUCUGGACCCUCAUCUGGACCUACACCCGGACCUACAUCUGGACCUACACCCGGACCUACAUCUGGACCAACCACAUCAGGACCCACUACAUCAGGACCAGUCACAUCAGGACCCACAUCUGGACCUACGCCCGGACCUACAUCUGGACCAACCACAUCAGGACCCACUACAUCAGGACCAGUCACAUCAGGACCCACAUCUGGACCUACACCCGGACCUACAUCUGGACCAACCACAUCAGGACCCACUACAUCAGGACCCACUACAUCAGGACCCACAUCUGGACCUACACCCGGACCUACAUCUGAACCAACCACAUCUGGACAUAGACCCGGACCUACAUCUGGACCUACAUCUGGACCUACACCCGGACCUACAUCUGGACCAACCACAUCAGGACCAACUACAUCAGGACCAGUCACAUCAGGACCCACAUCUGGACCUACACCCGGACCUACGUCUGGACCAACCACAUCAGGACCCACUACAUCGGGACCAGUCACAUCAGGACCCACAUCUGGACCUACACCCGGACCUACAUCUGGA